GAUGUGUAUUAUCGCUGAACAGUGUCCGAGGAAGAACCAACCGUUGAAACAAAACGUGUGACUGUUGUUGUUGUUGCACGAAUUGUCCAAGUUAAGAAGAUUGCCAAAUCCUCAAAAAUGGAGAUGUUGCCUUUGGAAAUCUGUAUGAAGAUAUUCUGUCUCUUGGACUACCAGCAUCUUGCUGUUGCUCAACAAGUAUGUAGAAAGUGGAAGCUCGUAGCGUCAGACAAUACUCUAUGGUCUAACCUUUUUAAGGAAAGAUGGGGAGAAGAUCAUACUGCUUUUUAUGCUCCUAUGGGUUCAAAAUCAUGGAAAGAUGUAUAUGAGGUGCAAGAUCGUUGUGAUCGAAUUGGACUGGGUAUGAAGAUUAUUAGAGAAGGCAUUGACUACUAUCUUGUUCACCAAGGAGAGAUACAACGACAUCUGGGUUCAAGAAAAAAUCAUGAAAAAGAAACUGGUCACAACUCCCAUACUUUGAAUUCAGAAAUUGACUUCAAUGGAGAAGGCUCUCUAGCUGAAGAGAGAUCAUGUCGUGGAAUUUUAGACAGAAUCCUUUUUUUCAUUGGGGAUUUGGAAGUUGCUUCUGCAGAAGCAAAACGUAGCCGUGUGAUAUGAUUGUCUCUAGUAUUCAAUCCAAUAGUGAAUUUCAGUGUAAAACUUCACUGUAUCUAAGCAUUAUUUCAUGUAUAUAAUUAUGUGUAUCAAACAAUGUAUUCAGUUAUUUUAAUAAUUUGGGAGUUGUAGCCUUUUCAGGUAAGUCAUGAGAAUCACACACAUGACUGUUACACAAGUUUGUUUAAACCAUUGUGUAAAUAUGCUGUAUCUAAUCUUAUCAGAUGAUCCUUUUAUCGUGAAGGUCUUGUGUAAGUGGUAGUGCUGUCAUUUCCCUUUUCCUAAGUCCCAAGUGCUAAGGCUAGGAUUGAAAUUAAGUUCAAUUU